AUGGAUGGCUCCGUCCCUCCAACGUCCGCCCUGUCGGCCUCCUCAUCCUCCUCUUCGUCCGCUCUCUUUCGUCCUCGCCGAUCCGAGGACUGGCAGGAAUAUCGUCCCGUCAUCGAAAAGCUCUAUCGCGAUGACCAGCUGAAGCUCCGCGAUGUCAAACGCAUCAUGGAGCGAGAAUAUCAUUUCGUUGCAUCAGAAAAGCAGUACAAAGACCGGCUCGCCGCAUGGCAUGUUCGCAAGAACAUCAAGGCCAAAGAGGUCCAUGUGAUGAUCCGCAAACAGCAGAAGCGCGCCGCCCGCGGCAAGCAGACGGCCUUUCGCGUCGGCGGCCAGGAGGUCGACUCCAAGCGCAUCGCCCGCUUCGUCCGUCGAUACGGUACGAACUGGGACAAGGACCACCAUCCCCCGCGGCCAGAAGAUCCCUCCAACAGCCCGGAGCCAGACACCCCAUCCGAUAUGAGCUGCUAUACCCCCGACCCCGACGAGCGCGGCGCCACCCUCUCGCCGCUGCCUGAGCUCCAAUCCCUUCCCCACGACUCCAAGUUCGACCCCAUCCCCGACGCGGACAUCGACGACUCGCGCUCCUUGUCCACCACCCUCAGCCCCAGUCUCCCCACCGACACCCCGAAACCCGCCGCCGACCCCGUCCCAGAGGAAGACCCCUGGAGCGAGCUCGUCCUGUUCCAGGACCGCCUGCUAGCCCUGCACCAGACGCUCGAAAAGUCCAUGUCCGGCUUCACAUCGGCCACGGACGACGGCAACGCCAAUCGGUAG